AUGUAUUUCUAUAAAAAGAAAGAAGAAAGGUUGAGGGACGAACAGUUUAUGAAAGCUUUGCAGUCAGCUCUUGAUGAUUGUGAUUUUCUGGAAGUGGGUUAUGAGGGUCAAUGGUUUACGUGGGAACGUGAGAGAUUGUCUCAUAACAAUACUCGGGAAAGGCUAGAUAGAAGGGUGUCAACUCCGGGAUGGAAAGACUUAUUCUCCAAUUAUAGCCUUAAGUAUUGCGGUCAUUCAGUAUCUGAUCAUUGUCCUCUUUUACUUAGUAUUUGUGGUUGGAUGGGAAGGCAAGAACAUAAGUAUUGUAAUUUUAAGUUUGAGGCAACUUGGAUCCUCGAAGAGUUGUGUAAAGAUGAGGUUCAUCGACUUUGGGUCAAUACGGAGGGAUCAAUUUGUGACAGGCUUCAAUCGGUAGGGAAGGGUUUAAUGAGAUGGGCUAGGGAGAUUUGGAAGUCUUUGCGUAUGAAUACGGAAUGGCUAAAACUUUGA